AGAAUAACAUAAUAAAAAUUUUAUAUACAAGAAGCGAUACUAUAUCAGUAAUAAGUAUUUUAUCAUAUAAACAUUUCCUCAUGAGAAGGACAUACCUAACCUCUAAAAUUUAAAUUAAAUAUGGCGCGUCAAAGUGGUAUUUUAGAUUGCGAGAAAAUGCAUAAUUUAUCAGACAAUAAAAAUAUUGACUUAGAUAAUUGUAGAAAAUUAAUAAAAUCGUACAUCGAUUUGCAUCUAUAUAGUGCCGCUUUAUUUUGGGCAGAUAAAGUUGUUUCAUUAAGUAAUGAAGAUCCUAAAGAUGUAUGUACAUUAGCACAUUGUAUGUAUCUAAUGAAACAAUAUCAUAGAGCUGCUCAUCUUAUCAGACGUCGUGGGUUAGAAAAGACAGAUGUAAUGUGUCACUAUUUAACAGUAAGAAGUCUUUUAGAAGCAAAAGAAUAUAAUGAAGCUUUACAAGUUAUUAAUGAAUCAGAAAUAUGUACAAAUAUAACACAAUCAGCUUUUGGAGAUCGAGCAGAUAUAUUAGAAGAUGCACCUAAAAAUGUACAAAGUUCAAUAUUAUAUGUGAAAGGAAGAGUACAUGAAGCUAUGGAUAACAGAGCAGUAGCAACUGAUUGUUAUAAACAAGCUCUACAUUGUGAUGUAUAUUCAUAUCAAGCAUUUGAAGCAUUAGUUCAAAAUCAAAUGCUCUCAGCUGCUGAAGAAAAAGAACUUUUGGAAUCUCUACCUUUUGGUGAACAAUGCACAGAAGCUGAAGCAGAGUUCUUACGGCUAUUAUAUGAAAGUAAAUUGAAAAAAUAUCAAGAACCAUACAAAAAACAAGUCUUAGCAACUUGUAGUGUUAUGGGAGUUCUUGUCACAGACAAGUUAUUAGGUAAUUUGGAUAUGGAAGUUACAGAAGCAGAAAGACUAUAUUAUAAUUGUGAUUAUCAAAAGUGUUUCUCACUUACAGAAAGAAUACUAAAAAAAGACCCAUACCAUAAUUCAUGUUUACCAGUGCACAUUGCUUGCUUAGUAGAAUUAAAAAAAACUAAUGCUUUAUUUUAUUUAGCACAUAAAUUAGUUGACUUAUAUCCAGAUAUGGCCUUAGCAUGGUUUGCAGUUGGAUGUUAUUAUUAUAGUAUAGGAAAAAGUGAUCCAGCACGAAGAUAUUUAGCAAAAGCUACAGCAUUAGACAGACUAUUUGGUCCUGCUUGGUUAGCUUAUGGUCAUUCUUUUGCAGUAGAAAAUGAACAUGAUCAAGCAAUGGCUGCUUAUUUUAAAGCUUCUCAAUUAAUGAAAGGAUGUCACUUGCCUCUUUUAUAUAUUGGACUUGAAUGUGGUUUAACAAAUAAUCUUAAAUUGGCUGAUAAGUUUUUCCAACAAGCUCAGAGUAUAGCUCCAAAUGAUCCAUUUGUUAUACAUGAGAUGGGAGUUAUAUCUUUUUAUAAUUUAGAUUACAAAACUGCUGAACGGCAAUUUAAGGAAGCCAUGAAAAGAAUUCAAGGUGGACUAAAGGAUGUUAUUCUACCUAGUAAAUGGGAAGCACUCCUAAAUAACUUAGGUCAUACUUGUAGAAAAAUGAAGAAAUAUGGAGAGGCUUUAGAAUAUCAUCAACAGGCAUUAAUGUUAAAUCCAUUAAAUGCAUCUACUUAUUCAGCAGUGGGUUUUAUUCAUGCAUUAAUAGGAAAUACACAAGAAGCUGUUGAUGCUUUUCAUCGAGCUCUUGGACUUAGAAGAGAUGAUACUUUUACAACAACUAUGUUAACUUAUGUUAUGGAACAACUUAUAGAAGAAUCACCUCCAUAUCGUGAUGCACCAAUUGAUAUUCCAAAAUAUAAAUAUCCUGCAAACAAACAUCAAGAAACAGACAAUGCAGAACCUUUAGAAAAUACAAAUAAUAUAGCUGAAUCAGCAAAUCAAGAUAUUGAUAAAUUAAGAGUAAAUUUAUUUUCUGGAUGGGGAGAAGAUUCUAACAAAGCUGAUGACAAUACUGCUGAUAAAGUGGAACGCAAUCCUCAAGAUGUGAUUGUGAAUUAUUCCAGUGAUAUUAGUUCUGAAGUUGAAAUGUUAGAUUCAUCAACUGCUCAUAUAGAAUAAAAUAUGCAAAUUUUUUUAUAUGAUAAAUAGAUUUGUCUAUUCAAUAAAAUAAUUGUUUUGCCUUAAA